GAAGAGGAGGAGGAGCCGGCUGCUACCCUUCCACCGCCGAGUAGCUCUAGCUCAGCCCGGAUAGAGCGGAGGCAGGAAGGCAGGGCUCCCCCAACGCAAGGUACACCGCACCACUCCAUCAUUUUCAGCAUCCCUGGAAAAAACGGAACAAAACAAAAAGGAAGGGAGCAGCAAUCACCCAUUGGAAUUAUUGUCCUGCUGCUGUAUCUCAGGCAAAAUCGGCUCCCUUGAUGGCAUGUGGCUGGUAACUUUUCUCCUGCUGUACUCUUUGCAGAAAGCACUUGGUGAAGAUGUAGGUGCCAGCCUGUACUUCGUGAAUGACUCAAUACAGCAGGUUACAUUUUCCAGCACAGUUGGAGCGGUGAUCCCCUGCCCAGCUGCAGGGUCACCCAGUGUCACCCUGAGAUGGUAUCUUGCCACAGGAGAUGAUAUCUAUGAUGUGCCCCUCAUACGGCAUGUCCUUGCCAAUGGAACUUUACAGCUGUACCCAUGCUCACCCUCAGCUUUCAACAGCUUCAUUCAUGAUAAUGACUAUUUCUGCACAGCAGAAAACUCUGCGGGUAGAAUCAGGAGUCCAAACAUUCGUGUUAAAGCAGUUUUCAGGGAACCCUACACCGUUCGGGUGGAGGAUCAACGGUCAGCACGUGGCAGUGUGGCUGUUUUCAAGUGCCUCAUCCCUUCUUCAGUGCAGGAAUAUGUUAGUGUUGUGUCAUGGGAGAAAGACACAGUCUCCAUUGUCCCAGGUUGA